AUGGCGACCACACCAGUAGUAUGCGUGCCGAUGAAGAUCGACGCCUUCGUGCUCAAUCCUUCGCUCUGCAAUGAACUGCCCAAAUCCACAAUUGCUCCAAUCACACAGCCCAACUACACCUUCCUCCGGCUGGAGCCGGAAUAUGACUAUCUCCAACCAGACAUCCUACCACAUGUUGACCUUCAUGCGGCUGGAAAAGUGUCAACUAAUUCCCGCCUGACGGACUUGGGGACUGGACACACUCGCGACAAUCGCAUUGGUGUUUAUCUGCAUUGGAUCCUGCCACGGGUCUACCGAAGUGGAACGGCCACAACGGGCACCGAUGCAGAGGGCAAGCCGGUGAGCCAUGAAGCGGAAGACAUGCGCAGAGCGGCCUCGGGAUAUCCGCAGGGAGGCAGCGUGGAUCCCGACAAGCAAGCGGUCGUAUAUCGAUCUGCGCCGAACAGGUGGCUGAUCAUCCGGCGGCUGCACAUGGACACGGUGCUACCGCCAGAAGCCAAAGCCCGAGUAUCUCCAUUCCAUGCGUUCCUGGUCGAAAGCGAUCGGCUGAUGAACAUCGAUGAUCUGGGCUCAGGUGUGGAUUUGGAGGUGGACGUGUCCCCGUUUAUCCAGGGAUCCCUCGACGAUCUGGAAGGCCAGGCGGAAAUAUUCAUCGGCUACAAAGUGGACGAUGCGCUGAAGCCCACGCCGUGGAAGGAAGAUAAACUUCCCAAGCGAGUGCCAGUAUCGGUCCUCAACUCCUCGAAUCAGCUAUUCCCAGACUACGUUCCACACAAUGGAAAUGUCUUCUCCAUGGUCGACGACUUCACAUAUGCCCCGGAUGCCAACCACCCGCAGGCGCCCAGGAAGAAAUUGUCAUCGGCCACGGCCAGUUACCAAGUCUUCGGCUGGCACUCGGAUGCGAACAUUGCGGAUGAUCCGUUCCACAUCGUGGUCGAUCCCACGCUUCCGGCUGCUUCCAUCACGCACGCGACCAGGAUGAAAGGAUGCAAAUUCCGGUUUGACUCCACGGUGAAGGAGAACCCGGAUGUGACCGACUGGCUGAACCAGCCGGACAGCACCCGCGUCAUCUGCCACGGCUCCAUGUAUGGCGUGAAAUUCUCCUCGACUGAUUUCAGGGGUGAGAGUCCCAAGGUGAAGAUUCCGGCGGACGACCUGGCUGAUUCCUUCUCCAAAAAUGUGCCCGUGACGAUCGGUACGUCACCGCUAGACACGGUGUUGUCGUUCAUGCGCGCAAAUGUCGAUACAGCGACAGAGUCGAACGAGAAGCGAACGCUAGAUGAUAUCAAGGCUCUGCAGUCGAUCCUGUUGAAGGGAGAGGAGAGCGCUGAUGGGCAGUAUGAGGCCCAGGACAUGCUCUCGGCCCACAACUUCGCUCCAGCCAAGGAUAGCGGUUAUCACUGGCAGCUGGUGGGGGAGAAUUCCCAGGGACGGCCUACAGAGCCCACCGGAGAGCAGUUGACGUCUCUCAAUCGACUCAAUGUGUACCAAGAAGCCCUGGAUCUGACGCUGCGGGAUCUGCGGCUCGAGCGAUGGAAGCUGUGGGCGAUGUGGUGGGAAUACCACACCGUUCUGCCCAGCAUCGAUCCUCAUGUUAUCCAGGCCCUGAAAGCGAAACACCAGAAGCAAGCGGAUGCAGUGCAGGGCUUGAUCGACUCGGCUUUUGGGAAACCAGGAGGCCCCGUUGGCCUUCAGAAACAGAUCGACGAUAUGGCAAGCCAGUUACCCUGUCAGAAAUGCUCGCGAGAUCGAUUCUUCACACUGCGAGACCCGACUCUGUUGGUAUCGGGGAUCUCGUCGCCCUGGCCGGCGGACUUUCUCGAUGACCUGGUGAUACGAACACAUCCUCAAGUAGCAGCACCGGAUACGAUGCCGAGCGAUGCGGUCGGGGACUGGAAAUCAUAUGCCCCGUUUGUGAAAGCAGUCCGCGACGCCGCCAUCUUGCCCACCGCUCCCAUGCAGGAAGCUGUCGAACGCCUGAUGUUGGAAUUCUUCCAGCUUCAUCCCUCGGACCCUGGGGAGAGCUCCUCCCCGUCAGUGCCGUCUGGCAAGGUCGCUCCACUGUACAACGACCAUGCCGAUGGCAAGAAGGGCCCUCGAGACCAAUGGCUCGACACGCAGCCGUGGUUUCCGUUGUUCCUCGAGUGGGAGGCGCACUAUUACCACAUCCCCAUGGAGAACUGGCGGUUUGAAAACGUGCCUGCUCUCGACGUGGGCGCCACACGGACGCGAUAUGGCAUUGUGCCUGACAAACGAUUGAGCGAUCCUGCAGUCUAUGAUGCCCGCAACAUGAGAGUGGUCUCCGGGCGGGUCUUGAUACUGCCCCAGCCGUCCUUUUCGCUCAAGGCGCUCAUCAAGCAGGUCCUGCUGAGCACGCCUCCCAGCGUGUUGAAACAGGCCAUUCCCGACGACAAAGAACGAAACGGCCUGCCGGACGCGGUCGACGGGCUGCAAUUCAUGUCUGCUCCCCUCGACGGGUUCCGGACGCACCUCCUCACCCAGGCCGAAGGAACGCAUGUGAAGCCCGGGCGCCGAGUGCCGGGCCAGCAGAUCGUGGCCCUGCCUGGAGCGAUCAGCGAUGGCAUGUUUACCUCCACCGCGGUGGCGCUGAUGGACACCGAGACGGGCACGACGCCGUACGCAGGCCAGGUCACCUUUCUCGACCAGACGCAUUCGCCGAUGAAGCCGGUGACCCACGGCCAAUUCAUGUUCACCAAGCUUAACGUCAUUGAUAAAUUUGGCCAGGCCGUGAGUGCCAUUGAUCCCCGCUCGAGCGUCGCUCCGCCGGCAUUCUCCCCGGUGCUCAGCGAAUACUACCAGCCGCAGCUGUGGAAGACCACCACGGAAGCCAACGUUAUCUUUCCGUCAGAAACCCGAACCGACUGCCAGUUUGCGCAGAUGCCGCCGUCAAUCAACCAGGAUGCCCGUCUGAACACGGCGUUUCUGAUCCGCGACGAGCCCACGGCCGCCGUUCCCGACCCCCCCUUCCGUCCUGCCGCGGAGUGGGAGUCGCCCAUCUGGGGGUGGCUGGUGUUCAAUUACGUUGAAGAGGGCGUUCAGAUCUUCUUGCCGGACGGCACGUUCUACCGCGAGGUGCGAGUGGGCGGGGUGAAUGGCGCGACGGCGCUACCGAAAUGGGCGCCGUUUGAUCAACCCUCGUCCGUGGGAAGCACGUCGCAGCUCAACAGUUUUGCCGAGUCGCUCCGCAAUGCGUCUACCCUGCACGACUUUCUCGCAUCCAUCGGAUCCGGCCUGGACGCCGUCCCGGAGGCCCCGACGGACUACGCUCAAUACAUGGCCGCCAUCACGGGCAAGCCACUGGCCCUCGUGAAUAUUGGAGUGUCUUUGGAACUGGCGACCGAUCCUCUUGAGAACCAGGCCACCACGAACACCACACCGCCGGAAAAGGAACUGCUGGCUUACCAAUUCAGCGUGAAGCUCGGCGACGCCGACCGCGUCUACGACGGCCUCGUCGGGUUCUACGAUGCGGCGGGCAACACGUUCAAUUCGCACGACGAGACGUGGAGCGGUCCGGCUCCAGGCUUCGAGGCGGAUUUCUCUACGCUGUAUACGUAUUUCCCCAGUGGGCCGUCCACGGCACGAAUCGACGAUGCGACCACCCCUCGCUGGCUGACUCUGUCGCCGUACAAGCUGCCGAACACGCUAGAUCCGGCGGCGAUGCAUGGCCAGCGGAUGGGAGCCAUGAAGGUCGUCACGGCCAUUACAGAUCCAUUCACUGCGAUCCAUGCGUACAGCGGCAUUCUGCCCAUUGCUUCUCUCCAGCUGCCACCGUGGAGUGUGCAGCUGGCGCUGCAGCGGAUGACGACGUUCUUCUCGUUGGGACCGCUGGUCAUCACGAGUCCUUCUCUGCAUGACAGCUACAGGACCGCGCGCAAACUGGAUCAAUCAGCGCCUCCGGUGCCUCAGAGCCAGAUCCCCGCGGGAUCGCAUGGCACGGCUCCUCCGGGCACGGGCAUUCCCAUCCCGGCCAUCCAGAGUGCGGACUGGCGCUGGCUGCAGCCGUUCUUUGUCGACGAUCGUGCCGGAGAUGACGGACAUGGCAAGGGGAAGAGGGAGACGGAGUGGAAUGGGGUGGGCAUUGAAGCGUUGGACGGUAAGGCACGGCUCGAAGGGGGUCCGUAUACGGCGGUGGAGGGAUAUCUCCAGAUGAUGAAGGCUAUGAAUAUCGACGGGAAGAAAUGA